AAGUCUCUCUCAAGUUUGUCCAAUGAUCUUGUCAUAUAAAAGUUUUCACCUAAUGUUCUGCUUUAUUUCCCUUAUGCCCUUAUGGUUAGUUUUCCCAUUCGCUCAUCAUCCAGUCAUCUAAAUGAUCCAUUCCAUCUUCCCCUCUCAAGCUUUGUUCUUAGCAACCCUUCUCCUCCUCCUCCUAGUACUCUUCUGAGCACUACUCGCGGGGUAGAUGAGCGGUUCUCCAGUUGUUCUUCUUCUUUCAAAUGUGGGAAGCUCAGUUCCAUUGGUUAUCCUUUUUGGAAGAAUGACCAACCUGAUUACUGUGGCCAUCCGGGUUUCACACUUGAAGAUUGCAAACAAGAAGACAUCACUAUAACCAUACUCUUCCAGAAGCAUCAUGUCCUGGACAUCAAUCAGGACAUCCAAAUCCUAAAAAUUGCAAGGAUGGAUUUCUCCAAACGCAUCUGUCCGGACAUAUUCCUUAACACCUCCAUGGACUCCGGUCUCUUCAGUUGCACCCUUAACGACAAAAACGCCACCCUAUUAUACGACUGCGCCACAACAAGUGAUCCAAAUAAGCAAUCCAAAGAUCAAUUCCGCUGCCCAGUUGAUAAAAUCCCUCGUGAUGCUUACUUUGUAUCUCCAAAUACAAGGUUGGGAAAUGAAGAGUUCAGGAGAUCAUCCAAUAUCAGUGUUGUGAUUCCUGUAAUGGAGAUGGAGGUCAAAAGGUUUGUGAAUCAUGAAUUGAGUGUUGGUCAAAAGGUUAAUCAGAUGGGUUUCAACCUCCUGGAGAAGAAAAUGGGAUUGGAUUUUGCUUUGAGUCAUGGUUUUGAUGUGGAGUACAACAUUAGUGUGGUUUUAUGUGAUCGGUGUGAGAAGUUAGAUGGGAUAUGCGAAAUCAGUUCAAAUUCAGUUUAGUAUCUACAAACAACAUGCAAGUGUCGUCCAGGAAGGACUUAUGCUCUCAAAACCAGAAUUCUGAUUAUAGGUAUGCAUACAUGAUUAGUACUCUUAUGAUACAUGAUUUGGUUCAAAUUGUCUGCCUAUUUCUCAUAGCCAUAGUAUAGUCCAAGCAUUGUUAUGCAAUUAAACUUACUAAACCUUA